AUGGAAGAGUUCAACCAUUCUAGAGUGUCUGAAUUUGUUCUACUUGGACUUACUGAUUCUCCUGAGCUACAGAUUUUCUUCAAUGUGAUAUUUUCCAUUUUCUAUUUAAUGACCAUGUUAGGUAACUGCCUGAUUUUGCUCACAGUCCUGUCCACCCCACAUCUUCACUCCCCCAUGUACUUCCUACUCAGCAAUCUGUCUCUCAUUGACAUGUGCCUGUCCUCCUUUGCCACUCCAAAGAUGAUCAUGGACUUCUUUGCUCAACGCAAGACCAUCUCCUUUGAGGGCUGCAUUUCUCAGAUCUUCUUAUUGCACCUCUUCACUGGGACUGAGAUUGUGCUGCUGAUCUCCAUGUCUUUUGACAGGUACAUUGCCAUAUGCAAACCUCUCCAUUAUUCAACCAUUCUCAGCCAAAGAGUAUGUGUUGGGCUUGUGGUAACAUCUUGGACAGUGGGCUUCCUGCAUACAAUGAGUCAGUUAGCUUUUACUCUCUAUUUACCCUUCUGUGGCCCCAAUGUUGUAGACAGUUUCUUCUGUGACCUUCCCUUGGUCAUCCAGCUGGCUUGUAUAGAUACACAUGUCCUUGGAAUCUUCAUGAUCUCAACCAGUGGUGUGAUUGCUCUUAUAAGUUUUCUGCUUUUACUCACUUCAUACAUCAUUGUUCUUUUUACUAUCAAGGAUCAUUCUUCCAUAGGAUCAUCUAAGGCUUUUUCUACCUGCACUUCACAUUUCAUUGUUGUGUUAAUGUUCUUUGGGCCCUGCAUCUUCAUCUACGUGUGGCCUUUCACAAACUUCCUGGUGGACAAAGUUCUCUCUGUUUUCUAUACCAUCUUCACCCCUCUUUUGAAUCCUCUUAUCUAUACUUUGAGAAAUCAGGAAGUGAAAACUGCUGUGAUGAAGAAACUAAGUAGCCAAUAUUUGCAGCCAAUCAAUGUUUCUCUA